AUGUCGACAGUCCUUUGGGUUGGUGACUUUUCGCACUAUGCGGUUGCAGACCUCGCACCAACAUUGCAGUGUCUCUGGGCUCACGUUGGGAUGGGACGCCUUUCUGCCCCAACCCACUCAAAAAGCCUUCAAAAUUUUUUGAACAAAACCAAAUACUCAAGUUCCCAACCAAAAUGUCUGAACCUCAACAACUUCGCCCUCAUAAGUUGCAGCCUGUUGUUCUUCUACCCCCAGUGGGCAGAGGUAAUGCUUCCACCAAGCGUGACAGAUGCUGAUCCCGGCGGUAACGUCAUUGGCAAGUCUGCACCCACUCAGGCAACAGGUCCUCCUGCCUGUAGCCGGGCCAGGAAGAUUGCUGUUCCUGUAGUCAACACCACCAUCAAUGACCCACCUACUCUGGCACCUUCCUGCCCCAGUCAGGCCAAAAAAAACAAUUCCAAGGCUGUUAAGAAAAUUCUGCCUAGUGAAUCUGACCCCAAUUUGUCCACACCAAUGGUGGACAUCAAUAGGAUCAUUGUCAUGGAGGAUGGCAACGAGCCCCUUGUCAAUGCUGAACCCAGUCAGUCUCUGGGAUGUUCCAGGGAUGCGGCGCUGGGACCUACUCAGCACAAUUACCCCAGACAAAUGGCAGCACCAAAGGCCAACAUUAACCAAAUGAUGGACUUGGAGGCCAUUAACUCCAACCUCGGCAUGGGUGAGAAGGUUGCGGCAUCUGAGACAGAGGCCAACUUGGCUGUGGUCAAGCUCACCCAGACGAAGUCAUACUGCACAUAUGGCCUCAAGCAAGUAGUCCUUAAUGUGGCUGAUCCAGAUGCCACACCCACUCAGGACCUUAUAUCACAUGGCAAUCGACAGUGCGGGGGGCAGGGGAUUGUCUGGGUUGAUUGGCUUUGGCCUACCAUUUCUGUCCAGGCCAUGUUGAUAAAUGAUUCAUCUGGGGUUCUUCCCUCUUCACCCAUCUCUGGCCCCACUCAGGCUGUGUCUCAUUUGCAUGGUCUCUACAUGUUACGCCACAGGCUGGACGUACCUUCACUUACUCUCAUUGAUCCUAUGCUGCGCUAUCACGAACCCAAGACUCCUGAUCCCACAUCCAGCAAUGAAGAUUUCAAUUCCACGAUGCUUGAGGAUGAUACACCGCCAAAUAGUGAACAUGUGAGAAAAACCUGGGCGACAAACCCUGACCACCAUAAUUUGGCAGCUGUCAGACAUGUUGAUGGGACCUUUUCUCAACAGUCAUUACUGGCCAACGACAGCAUGUCCCCAGGUUGA